AGUGACGGCAGUAAAUAAUUGUAUAAUGUACGCCGUAGAUAUUUUUUCAAACAAGUUUAAUCCCUGACCGUCGAUAAAUAGUAAUUCUGACGUGGCGUCAUCGUACCCGUUAAACUUAAGAAACCAGUGACCAAAAGCAAAUUCUGUUACGGAUUUCAAAAAUAUUAAAAUAAGAAUAUAGAGUGCGGGUCAGUUCCGACUCCCGCCGGUAUAAAUCAUCGUCUCUCUCCCGUUUGAAGCUCAGAGAAAUGGUUAACGAGUAAGUCAUCAUCUCUCUAUAGCUUUCUCUUUAUGUAUCUGAAAUGCUGAAUGUCUCUUCUCAUUUGAUUUUUCUCCUCCGAUGAAUCUUCCGUUUGCGGAUAACAGAGCGGAAGAAGCGAACAUGCAGCUCGUUGCAGGAGGAGGAAUCAACGAUGGUGUGAUGGAAACGCCUAACAACUUAUCUAGACUCCGUUCCUACUGAGUGUACUGUGAUCAGAUCUAGAAUCUCUACUCCGCAAAUUAUUGCUUUAGUGGCUGCGAUCACUAAUCAUCAAGCGAGUAGCAGUAACACUAUGGUAUGGUAUACACACGCACUUAAUAUCUUUUAUUGUUUCCACAAAUAUUAUACAACAUUUGUUUUUGUAUAUGUUAAAACUUAAGAGAGAAGAAGAGGAGGAAGGAUUAGAAAGAAGCAUCUCAGUGAGGAGGAAUUGAUUGAGAGAAAGAGACAUGUCAACAUGGUAGUGUGCUCCUGAUUUGUUUAGUGAAACUAAAUAUUGAACCUUUACUUAUUAUUAUGUUGCAACAACAUUCAGGUGAGUAAUCGCAGGACUAUUGAAAGGAAACAACUACUCUCAACCUAUCUCAAGAACAAGAAGAGGAUUGAGAGAUUGACAAUCUCAAUCCAGCUAAACACAGACAGGAAAGGCAAACCCACAUCCUUCUUCAAUGUACGCAAGUGGAAGAGGGAGAAGGCUGCUUCUGCGAGUAUUGUCCAUCACAUCGAAGUUAACAAUUUCAAGAAGAUGAAGAACAAGAAGAAGGAGAAGAAGACACCAACCCACAUCUACUUCGAGUAGAAGAAGAGAGCAACUUCAAUUCAGUUUUUCUAAUUCAUGUUUCAGUAUAUUGGACUUGUGUUUCUUCCUUCUCUGCUGAUUUCCUUUACAUAUGUCGCUUAUAUUCGAUAUUAACAUUUGCUAAGUAGUUUGCCCAAUUCAUAAGAAAAGAAUUUAAUGUCUAUAUCUCCCUUGGCUAAGUUUCGUAUUGUUUUUCAUAGCCUUGGAGAUAUUUAGUUGACUCUUGACAAAGUUCAUCGCCUCUUCCUUAGAACCACACUAUCUCCGCAUCUUUUCAUAUCAAAAGCAAAAACAAAAUUGAAACCCCAAGAGAUGUUAGGGAAAAAGAAGAUACCAGAUUGUUGUAUGCCAAACCAAACCUAAAUGCUUACUUGUAUGUCUCUUGAGCUCAUAUUGAGUGAUAUCAUAUGGGAAAGGACAAAGCUGUUUCACUCUACAUAUAACAACCUUCUUCCUCUCGUCAUCAAGCUUGUAAAGAUGCAAAACCAAGAGUGAUGCCGAUUUGGCUCCAGCAAGACUCAUCAGUCAUCAUAUAAAAUGGACAAAGUGCAUACUUUUUCAGAGCAGAUUAUCUGAUGCCUUUCAAGAUCAGACUAACCGUUAUGAUCCUUGAUUAAUCUCUUAUAUAUAGACUUGAUAUCAAUAUUCUUAUAAGUACAUACAGAUUUUCUAGAAGCACCACGCACUUCAACACCUGUCCAAAAACGUAGUUACUUACUUAAACAUGCAGGUCAUAACAAAAAUAAUAAUAAUUAAAACAACAAAAAAUCUUGAUCAUUUGACCAAUUACUAAGAGUAUGAUUAACGUUAAAACUUCAUUUAUGGUUCUUACUUUUCUUGUUUUUGUCUGAUUUAAAAAAAAAAUUAAAAAUAAACUAAUCGCGGGCCGCCACAUGUCAAUGGAGCCCGCAAACAGUACAACCCAAGCAAAAUCGGCUCUUAUUUGACAAACUGGUUUUUAACAAUUUGUGGAUUCCAACAUAAAUCAUAAAACACAAUGGUGAUACCAUUACAACUUAUACAAUCGACAAUGUUUCGUAGAAAAAACCCUCAAAACAGGAGACUAAUCUUGACGUGAACUAGUUAGCAGAGUACAAAAUAUGACGUCUAUCUUGUUUUUAGUUUUGUUUCGACAUAAUUUUGCCAUGAACUACGUUUGUUUGUAUGAAGUUAACUGUGAAGACAUGUCCGAUCACCAGUCCACAAGACACAUUAGGUCGAUACCUGUUGUGGCUGCUAUAUCCAGUUCAUUAUUGUGGCUUCUAGUUACGACAAAGAUCCGUCUGGUCGCUGCUUAUGUUCAUGAAUAUGGUACCAACAUCAAGUUGGCUAGUAGUAAAGGGGUUACGGCUGUAACUACUGCCACAUGGAUUCAAUUCACGCUGAUAAGGACUAUUUACAAUGUUUGGGUUCUAGGCAAAGAGGUGAAACCACUUCUUUUCAAACAAGAAUAAACAUGAACAUGUUUUUUGUGUAUGUGUAUCAGUGCAUAUAUUUAUAUAUGAUUAUUCGAAAACUUGAAUAUUUACUAUGAUAUAUUCUUCUUUUAUUUAAUUUUUAUUUUUGAUUUGUAGAGUACUUCUUGGUGCAAAUAUGUUAUAUUGUCUUUUUACACAAGUUUUGAAAAUAGGAAACCGAUAUACAUAAAAGGAAAAAUUAGGUCUUUCUCGGUUGUAGCUUGCUUUCUCGCUCCAUCUCCCUUCUUAUACUAUUAAGAGAUUUUUGAUUUGUAGAGUUAAUUAAUCACAAGUAGAUAUGCAUUGGAGAAGCCUUCCGGGGGAUUUGGUUGAGGAUAUACUCUCUAGGGUUUCUGCUAUACCUUUGGUACGACUCCGAGAAACAUCGAAACAAUGGAACGCUAAAUUGAAAAGUGGGAGCUUCGCUAAGAUGCACGCUGCUCAUGCACCAAAGGAGGAGUCUCUGAUGAUCACGUUGAUUGAUCAUAGGGUUUGCUUAGUAAAGAUCAACCUCCAUGAUCCAUCUGUUAAGGUUGCACCUCAUGCAUUAUACCUGAAAGAUCCUCGUUCUGAUUCUUCCAAAGAAGUCGACAUACGUAACGUUUUUCACUGCGAUAGCUUAUUGUUAUGCACCACAAAGGACAAGAGACUCGUGGUUUGGAAUCCAUGUUCAGGGGAAACCAAGUGGGUUAAACCUAGAGACAGCUACAAGAAAACCGACUACUAUGCUCUCGGUUAUGACAACAAAUCCUCCAGCAAGCAAUACAAAAUCUUGAGGUUGGAUCGUCAAGAUAGACCAAAUAAGAACGUGUACGAGAUUUAUGACUUCACCUCUAAUUCGUGGCGUGUUCUUGGUGUGGCUACUGAUUGGUUUUUAGCAAAAUAUCGUGGUGGCAUAUCUGUGAAGGGAAAUACUUAUUGGGUUGCUACUCAAGCAGCAGAGAAGCCAUACCAUGAUUUCAUACUAAGCUUUGAUUUUUCAACCGAGAUGUUCCAAAAUAUGUCUCUUCCUCAUCCUUUUCCGUAUGGUAUAUCGUCUUUAUCAGUGGUGAGAGAAGAGCAACUUUGUCUCUUAGGUGCUAAACGUCACAUGCUUUAUAUGGAUGAUGGUGCAAGUUUUUCAGAUUUACAAGUAUGGGUGAUAACUAGUACUGGAUCAUGGAACAAGUUCCUAGCAUUGUAUAAUACAACUAGUUAUCCGUUUUCUAAGGGGAUGAGUUUUUUGGCAGACGAGCAGAACCAAGUUGUAGUGUUUUUAAACACCAAAAGCAUUUUACACGUUAUGCGACAAAAUAAACACAUACUAGAGAAACAUCUUGGUGGAAAAUCCUCUGUUCUUCUGAAUUAUGUACCAAGUUUGGCUCAAAUUCAAGAAGCUACACUUCCUGGAGGACGCAAAAGGAAAGCACCAAGCACGUGAAAGGGUAUUUGUGACACGAAUCUAUCCAAUUGUCUUUUUUUUUUCCUUGUGUGUGUGUUUUUCUAAAUGAAUUUAAGGUUUAAGAUUAAGAGCAAUAUUGCAACUAACAUUAUAUAAAAGCUUUUGCGUAGACUGUCAUUAGUAUGUUUCUUGUAAGAGAUAGAGGUACAAUGCCACGAGUUAAAGAAAGAAAACGAUGAUUUCAAGACCGUUAACCAAGUUAUAGUGAACAAAAACAUCAAUAACGAAGAGAGACCGGGCAAAACCUGCAGAUGAAGUAAACCGGAUUGAUCCAAUCAAAUAUAAAUCUAUUUACUUAUAUAAAAGUUGGCAGGAGAUGAAGAUUCGCCUGACUAAAAAACACGUCCAUUUUUAGGGGAAAUAUUGGAUAGACAUAUAUAAUUAUUAUAGAUAGUGAUCCAGUGUUAAAGAAAAUCAUUCGUACAGAUUUAUGGUUAUCUUGAGUUAUACGAUCUUUUCCAAAGUUCUCUUGUAAUGCAUAUGUAAACUCUUGUAUACGUGUAAUGAAAAUCAUCAAUUCAUAAGUUCUACAAGAGUCUUGUUGUUGGCUUCUCUAAAAUACGAGCCUCUUUACACCAUUUGUCAAGCAGAAUCCUUAUGGUAACUUGCAUAGCACGCUGCAACAGUAAGUCUUAACAUUUUGGCCGAUUUUAUAUUUCCACAAGAGUUUGGCUUUACAAAAGUCACUCAUGACAAAUUGUUCUACAGAAUUUCCCUAAACCUUAUGUUUCACUCAGGAUCUUCAAACAGAGACUCUGCAACUGUUUUGUUUUCUGUUUCUCCUCUAGUUGUCUCCUCUAUUUCUUUCCAUAAACAGAGACUCUGCAUCUUCUUCUAAUUCCCAAACAAUACUUAAUCAAAUUUAUAAAUGAAAAUAUACGCAUAUAAUCAAUUUAAGUAUUAAUUACUUGACUCAUGAAUACACAGAUGGAAGUAUAGUUCAUCCAAGUAUCUUAUCUUAUCUUAGAGGAGAAAAUUGAUGGAUACUUUUAACUGAUAGUAAUUUCCUGUCUCUCACUUGAAUCAGAAGGGUUUCAUUUUGAAAAAUUAUAUUUUUAAAGAGAAAUAUACCCUCCGUUCUAAGAAACAUAGUCAACAUAAACCAUAUAACAUAAUGGUGAUACCAUGACAACUUAUAAAACCGGCAAUGUUUCUUAGAAAAAAAACCACAAAAAUAAAAUAUGAAACUACAAAGACUAAUACUUGACGUGAGGAACUUAGGUCUCAUUCAGUCUUAUGUAGCUGCUGGUCAUCCAAGAUGGUUGGAUCAUCUCUAUGCGAAUGACAGAAGUGCAUCUGGUGUUAACUAAUUAGUUUGUUGAUUUUUUGGUUUCCGCCUUUGUAGGCGUUGAUGUGUAGUUGGAUUAGUCUUUCUAACCCAUUUUUUGUAGUGGUUGUGAAGCAAGCUGUGUUGCUUGACUGUCUUGUUGUAUGGAACCAAGUUAGUAUAUAUAUGAUUUCAAUUUGGGGGAAAAAAAAAACUAAUACUUGACGUGAACAAGAUAAACGUGCACCCAUGAUGUGUUUAGGUUUGUUUCGACAUAAUUUUGCCAUGAACUACAUUUGUUUAUGCGAAGACACGUCCAAUCACUAUCCAUUUCAUUAUUGUGGGUCUUCUCCUGCUUCUAGUGACGACAAAGAUACCAUUACAAAAACAAAGAAUGCAUUGUGUUAUAUGGUUUAUGCUGACUGUCUAUGUUUCUUAGUUAUCGGUCUUUAACAAAAUCUUGAAAAUCAUGUUUUACAUUAAAUAAAAUUUAUAACCAUCAGUCCAUGUAUCUCCGAAUGAGUUUGUAUAUAUGUUUGUGAUUUAGUAUUAUAGAUGGUUGGUUUUUGUAAGAUACAGAGGAGAUAAACAGGGGAGAAACAGAGAAGAAAACAGAGUCUCUGUUUUAAAAACUCUGAAUCAAACAGGAGGUUUGGGAAAAAGAAAAAGGCUAUGUUUUGGCAAUGGACAUGAUGAAUCAGAACUUAUAUCUUUAAGAUAUGUUUCUUAGGAUUGACAACUUUAUUCAAUUCUGGAAGAAACGUAUUAUACUUUUCUUUCUGCCUAACUAAUAUUAUAUAUGCUUACAUAACAUCACGUUUUAAAACAUGUUCUUGUAUAUCGAAAAAAAACUAGAUAAGCAAGACCUAGUAAUAGUAUAAAGAGUUAUCUUGUCAUGCAUGAAAAGACC